UGUUUUAGUGCCUUUUAUCUGCCUCCUACUGCGUUGCGUCAGAUCUCGCUCGCUCACUCGCUCGUUCUUCGGUCCGUCUGAGAGCCGGUGAGGCGCUCUUCUCCUCCCCUCCCUCUCUCCCACAGAUUUCAUGUGCGAUCUGUUGAUUUUGAACCUCGAAAGUUGCCACUUUGUUUGCUUUCUCGUUUCUUGCGUUGUUUUGGCUAGAUUUCCCUCUACUGCUUUUUUUUUGCCUCUCCCCUUUUCACCUCCUGAUUUGGGCUUUAGUUCGCUCAUGAUUUCGCCUUUUACUAAGCUCUGGUGAAGCCAGUGGGUAGGAGAGGCCGCGAGGAAGUGAGAAAGGGAGCCUUUGGGAGAGAGCAAGGGCGGUGGUCGAUUAUGAGUUCAUUAUGCUGGUUAUGAUGACAGGUUGCUUGCUUUUGACCGGCGCUACCCAAGGACAGCGGCUCGUGAGUUCACCUAUAACUGAGGAAAAGGGCGAUUUCAACUCCGCUCCCAUCUCGUCCGCAAGCUAGCGCUAGUUUACUCUUCUCCCUUGUUCCACUUAGAUUCUAGCAUAAAGGGCGAACCUUGGAAUGCAAAAUUGGGUUCUUGCGGUUCGCAGCGAUGCCACAGUACGAGCAACACGCUUCCUGGAGAUUGGAGGGUGGCGGGCAGAUCAUAGAUCCGGAGACUGCCGUCAAAGGCGGGAUCCUGGGUGGCGGAGGCGGGGGUGGAGGCCUCCCGACUGGGAAAGAUGGCAGCUUGGUGGUUGCCGCCGAGAAGAUUGACCUCAGAAAGAUGAUCGAAGAACUCGAUUCGGAGGCGGAGGAUGUGCCUUCAGUGUUCAUUUGCCCGAUCUCCCUCGAGCCUAUGGUGGAUCCCGUCACACUCAUCACCGGUCAGACCUACGAGCGCGCCAAUAUCCUCAAGUGGUUCUCAAUGGGGCACCUUACCUGCCCCACGACGAUGCAGGAGCUUUGGGACGACGCCGUCACUCCGAAUCGGACACUUUACCAGCUGAUCAGCGCCUGGUUCUCGCAGCGGUACCUCCAAAUGAAGAAGCGGUCCGAAGACGUGCAGGGGCGCGCUGCAGAGCUCAUCCAAACCCUGAAGAAGGCCAAGGGGCAGGUCAGAGUUCAAGCCCUCAAAGAGCUGCACAACAUCGUAAUCUCUCAUGCACCUGUCAACAAAUCAGUGGUGGACAUUGCCGGAGUUACUCAUCUCUCUUCUCUCCUCGGGCCCUUCACUUCCCAUGCUGUUGGCUCCGAGGUGAUCGCUAUUCUCGUCAAUCUCACCUUAGAUUCAGAUACAAAAUCUAAUUUGAUGCAGCCAGCAAAGAUCUCACUCGUUGUGGACCUGCUAAACGAAGGGACAAUCGAUACUAAGAUCAACUGCACUAAGUUGAUCGAAAUGCUGAUGGCGGAGAGAUGUUUCCGGUCCGAGGUGGUGUCAAGUUUGAGCCUUUUGGUUGCAUUAUUGCGAUUGGUGAAGGACAAGCGACAUCCAAAUGGAGUUGCGGCAGGGCUGACCUUGCUCAAAGACAUUGGAUCUCAUGCGCAAGUACGCAGCUUAAUGGUGAGCGUUGGAGCAGUCCCGCAGCUUGUUGAGCUGUUGUCCAACCCGAAAUGGGAGCUGAAGUUUAUAGAACCAGCAUUGCAGAUUUUGGAUGAUCUUUCAACUACACCUGAAGGGUUGUCAGCUCUGAAGGAUUGCCCUCAGGCCAUCCGCACUGCAGUGAGGCUCUUGAUGAAUGGCUCCGAUGUCUGUACUCAUCACGCGUUGUCUAUAUUAUGGGCGGUCUGCAAACUUGCUUUCGAUGAGUGUGCUUCCCUCGCUGUUGAGGCUGGGUUGGGUGCAAAACUACUACUCCUCCGGAGUGGUUGCAAUCCAGAGAUGAAGCAGCGGGCUGCUGAGCUAUUGAAGCUUUGUAGUCGCAAUUACUCUCCAACCGUGUUCAGUUCAAAGUGCAAGCUAACAAGAACGAUCCAAUGACACAAACUGAUUGCUUCCUGAAGUGUUUAAUUUCUUGGUAAUCCAAGCUGCAUUUGAAAUGCUGUCAUUGCUAAGCUGGUAUAUGUUUGAGCUCUUGUUUUUUCUGUAUAAUUUGUAUGUUUGGGAGUCUCAUUCUUGAUAAAGAAGCAUCUAAUAGAGGGUAAUUGGUUGUGAAUUGACAAUGUUACUGAUUUGGAUUUUUCUGCCGGAUAAUAUAUCAACAUUGUCAUCCUCAA